UUGGUCGGGAAAAUGAGUUACACGACGAAGGUGGUCCAGGUGACCAACGUGUCUCCGAGCACAACGUCGGAACAGAUGAGGACAUUGUUUGGUUUUCUGGGAACUAUUGAGGAGUUGAAGUUAUUUCCUCCAGACGAUUCUCCUAUGCCUGUGACUUCGCGGGUGUGCUUUGUGAAGUUCCAGGAACCAGAGUCUGUGGGAGUGUCUCAGCAUCUGACCAAUACUGUGUUUGUGGACAGAGCCCUGAUCGUUGUCCCUUUUGCUGAAGGAUCGAUUCCAGAUGAGGCCAAAGCUUUGUCCCUGCUGGCCCCAGCAAAUGCUGUUGCAGGAAUUCUGCCCGGAGGAGGCCUUCUUCCCACACCGAAUCCCAUUCCCAACCCAGCCCUCGGAGGGAAUCCCUUUGGUGGUCCAAACAUGGACGCAAUGGCAGCGUUUGGCUUCCCUGGACCCAAUAUGAACCCCCAGGCUGCUGAUCAACUGUUGAAGAUGAUGACGGAUCCCAAAUUGAAUCCCUUGGCUGCAGGUUUGAACCUGAGUGCCAGCCUGAAGGCUGAUGCCUCUAAUAAGGAGAUUGAGGAGGCCAUGAAGAGAGUCAGAGAGGCCCAGUCCCUCAUCUCUGCUGCCAUCGAACCUGGACAUAAGGAUGGCAAAAAGAAGCACUCACGGUCCCGGUCCAGGUCCAGAAGGCGACGGUCCAGGUCCAGGUCCAGACACAGGUAA